CGUGAUUUACAAAAAAUAAGUUUUAACUUUUUAAAAAUUAAGCUUUUACUUUAAGGAAUACGAGAGAGCAGUCAUAUUCAGAUUAGGUCGACUUCUGUCUGGGGGAGCACGUGGCCCCGGAGUUUUCUUUAUAAUUCCCUGUGUGGAUAUGUAUGAGAAGAUAGAUAUGAGGGUUCAGAACUUCGAUGUUCCUCCACAAGAGAUUUUGACGAAAGACAGUGUAACAGUAUUUGUAAACGCUAUCAUGUAUUACAAGGUAAAAAAUGCAACCUCAGCAAUUGCAAAUGUUGAUGAUUAUGGAGGCUCAGCAAGAUUGUUGGCUGCCACUACACUAAGGAAUGUUCUUGGGACCCGGAAUUUAGGAGAUAUUCUCUCAGAACGUGAAUCUAUUGCUCAAGAAAUGCAGGCCACCCUUGACGAGGCAACAGAGCCCUGGGGUGUCCAGGUAGAGAGGGUAGAAGUAAAGGAUGUCAGGGUACCAGAGCAGCUACAGCGAGCUAUGGCAGCUGAAGCAGAAGCAGCUCGUGAAGCUAGAGCUAAGGUUAUAGCUGCUGAGGGAGAGCAUAAAGCUAGCAGAGCUCUCAGACAUGCUGCUGAAAUCAUAGCGGAUAGUCCAGCAGCAUUGCAGCUUCGAUACCUGCAGACUUUAAGUAGUAUAUCAGCUGAGAACAACAGUACAAUCGUUUUCCCUGUUCCAAUAGAUAUCAUCUCGAAGAUGAUUUCAAAAUAAAGUCAGAUUGAGAGAAGUAUAGUUCCAGUAUUCUUUGGUAUUGGAGUUCAGUCACGGAUAUACAGCUAGGAGGAAUUCUCAUGAAUUGAACUAAACAAUAACUGAACUCAUUAAAGUUCACGACUGUUUACUUGUGUCAGAAUGUGCUCUAAUAGAUUCUUUCGAGUUAUCAAAUCCGAUAACAAAGUUUUCCUGCCCGCACUGAUUACUAGUUUUAAAAAACUUGAGUUGAGGCCUGAGAAAUGUUAGAGGUUGAGGGACUUAUGAAUGUGAAUACUCUAAAAUAAAUAGAAAUAAACUGUAUCAGAGGAGAUUUCAUAAUAUGUGAGGUUAUAUACACAAUUGUACAAUAAAACUUAAAAUUA